CUUUUCAAUCUCCUCCUUCCUUCGGCCAUUUUGACAGUGGGCUUGAGCGAUUAACUCCCUCUCGCCUUUGCCCUUGAACGCGCCUGCUGACGUAGUGUGGCCAGUAAAGUUCGGGCGAUAUCUUCUCCAGUAAGCUUCACUUGUAGUACUCUUCGGCCAUACUAAAUCUUUGCAUAGAGUAAAAGAACAAUGUUAUAUCGCCAUUUCGUUUUAAUUAGUAAACCCUGGUAAGAGAGAUGGGUAGACUAGCAAUUGCAGUUAUAGUGAGCUUGUGGGUGAUUCCCACUUCAAUCCUUGUCAAUCGAAUUGUGCCAGAGCCCUACAUGGAUGAGAUAUUUCACAUACCUCAGGCUCAACAAUACUGCAAAGGCAAUUUCUGGAGUUGGGAUCCCAUGAUAACUACUCCCCCUGGAUUGUACUAUCUUUCACUUGCCCAUGUUGCUUGUUUGUUUCCAGGCAUGUUUCUUGUGCAAGUGGUGCCAUCAUUUUCUGAAGUGUGUUCCACUGCUAUUCUUCGCUCUGUAAAUGGUGUUUUGGCUGUAUUAUGCAGUAUCAUUGUAUAUGAGAUAAUCACCCACUUGAAACCGACUCUUGAUGAAAGAAAAGCAACAUUUCUUGCGGUGAUCCUUGCGCUGUAUCCCCUUCAUUGGUUCUUCACUUUUCUUUACUAUACUGAUGUUGCAUCACUUACUAUGGUGCUUGCCAUGUAUCUCGCAUGCUUGAAGAAGAACUACCGCUUCAGUGCAUUGCUUGGGGCCUUUGCAGUUUUCAUUAGACAGACAAAUAUUAUAUGGAUGCUUUUUGUUGCAUGCACUGGGGUCAUUGAUACUACCCUGGUCCAUCAAAUAAAAAAUGUCAAAGCAGACGAAUUAGAUGAAUCAGGCAAAGGAACUGUUCGGUUAAUUCCCAACAACUCUGUCUCAGCCAGCUCAGGCAUGAGGAGAAGGAUGCCCAAAACUGCUGUGGAUGCCAGCAAAUAUUCGAUCACUGUAAAUGGCUCCUCAACAUCCCAAUCUUCAGGUUUUCUUGAUGAGAUUCAGGAAAUCUGUUUGGUAUCAUGGCAUAUGAAGUGGAAACUUCUCAUCUCGUUUUGCCCCUUCUUUACAGUAUUGGUGGCCUUUGUUGCUUUUAUCCGUUGGAAUGGGAGUAUAGUCCUUGGUGCAAAGGAAGCUCAUGUAGUUUCACCGCAUUUUGCCCAGAUAAUGUAUUUUAGUCUAGUUUCUACUCUGGCAGCAGCUCCGCUGCAUUUUUCUCUUGGUCACGGUGCAGAUCUGUUCCGGUCAUUCUGGAAAAACAGACCCCUUAGUAUUUGUCAAUGGCUAGUGGCUCUUACUGCUGGGUUCCUCUCGGUUCACUUUUUCAGCAUAGCUCACCCCUAUCUUCUUGCUGAUAAUCGGCAUUAUCCAUUCUAUCUCUGGCGGAAGGUCAUCAAAGCGCAUUGGUUAAUGAAGUACCUUUUGGUUCCAUGUUAUGUUUAUUCAUGGUUUUCCAUCUUCAGUACAUUGGGGAAAAUACGACAAAAAAUUUGGGUAUUGGCAUAUUUCUUGGCUACAGCCGCAGUCUUAGUUCCUGCUCCAUUAAUUGAGUUGAGAUACUAUACCAUACCAUUCUAUUUCUUGAUGCUUCAUUCUAAUGUCAAUAACAAGCAGAGUUUGAUCAUCAUGGGCCUCAUGUACGUGGUAAUCAAUGCCUUCACAGUUAUUAUGUUCCUGUUUCGGCCAUUCCAUUGGAACCAUGAACCUGGGGUCCAGAGGUUUAUUUGGUAGAUAGGCUCCUGAGAGUUCAUAAUUCGUUGACACAGGCUGUUAAGUAACUUACAAUUACACAUACCUUUUUUUUUUUUUUCUCAAAAAAAGAUUUUACACUUGCCUCAUUUCCCUUCUGUGAUGUAUUUUAGCUGAACUAAGAAUGAAAGCACUUGUAAUUACAUUUGCACCGUGGGGUUGUCUCCGUUGCUAGCAGACGCUGAACUGCAUCUACUUAUAACUUGCUUGCGAUAGGACAAUUGCAAAUUUAAUUUUUUUUUUUUUUGAUAAAUGUAACUUUCAGAAGAAGAAUCGGAUCUAUCUUUCUAUUCAUGAAUGAGAUUGCUGCAGCUUAUCUUUAGUACAAA